CUCCUCGCUCCCUCUUCCACGCUGGGAAAUCACAACCCGCCGCUUAUUCCCGCCAUGGCCCCCACGCUUCCCGCCAUGACGCCGCCGCCGCCGGAGCAUGGCACCAGCACGGAGCCGUCGUCCGCGGCGAAGAGGGCGUCCACGAGCCCGACGGCGCUGUCCACCAAGAGCCAGAAGGCGCGGUCCGAGCGCAAAAAGAGGAAGCCGCCGCCGCUUCCCGAGUUAACGCCGGCCAAGACCUCGGAUGCCACUGAACUGGCAUCCAAGAAGAAGCUAGUGCUAGCCGCGCCCUGCCACGCCGGCGGCGGCGGGCAAUCUAGCAAGGGCGCCGCCCAAGGGAAGAGCGGCGGACACCAAUCCGGCAAGGACGCGCUGGCGCACAAGGCCAAGACUUUGGAUGAGAUGCGCGAGAUGUAUCCUCACCUCGUUGAUGAGGCCAUGGCCCUUGUCGACCCGGCGGUGCUGGAGAGGGUGCUCCCCCGCAUUGAUGACAACGAGGCGCAGGCGUUGGACAAGAAGAUCAAGGGGACGAGGAGGCAGCUCACCAAGGCCAUCACGGAAUCGGCAAGGCUAAAAGACAUGGAAACAUCCACAUUAUUUCUGUGUCAAGCUACUAGGCUUCAACUAGAAAAUUCAAGAGUGGAUAAAGAGGAUGGUCUGGAUAUUUGUGCUCAAGAACGAUUGGCACGAGUGGAACAUGAAAUAGUGGAACUGAGACAGAUUGUGAUUGAUUCUCACUAUCAGGCAACGAUAGAGAGCAAUCCACUCCGUGAUAAUUCAUCAUUGAAGGGUGUAAGAUGUAAGUCUGAAGAGAGUCACCCUCAGCCGGCUGUAGCUGAAAAUCAGAUUCCAUGCAAUAUACUACAAGAGAAGAUCGAAGUGCCAAAUGGCUUCCCCCAUGAAAAGACUGAGGAGGUUACAUCUAAGUAUAAACAUGAUGGUGUCCUUCCCCCUAGAAUCCCACGCAAUACUCUGAAACUGCAAGGGUUGAUAAAGCCACCAUUCAAUACAUUUCAUGGCCGGACAAGAAAGAUUGAUGCAGAAAGUCAGACUGUGCCCAAUAUGAUCCGAAGAUAAUACCAUUGCUACCAAGGCAGUACCUGACUGAUCUCAUCAAGGUCAUUGACAAAGCGCCUUAUGCAACUGAACGGUGAUGUGUCAUUUUGCACAUAACAUGGAUGUCAAUAGUAAUACUAUGCUUUUGAUCUUCAAAUAGACAGAUCCUUUUGGUACGGGAUGUUCUAAGGAAAAAAAAAUGUCUGGAUGUAACAGGUCUUGUUGGCUUUUGUUCAUAUUAUGGGUGGCAAUGUGUUGUGUAACUAGACCACUGUUUGGUCAACUGCAGUAAUAAAUCUAGUGAUCUCUCUAAUGAUGCUUUUGUUAAUUCGUAA